AUGUACCGGGGACCGGCGGGCGGUGAGGACAGCGCCCCGGUGGCGGAGCAGCUGCAGCUGGCGGUGCAGCUGGAGGACAGCCUGCGCCUGCUCAGCGCCAAGAAGUGCAGCGUGGUGGCGGAGGAGGAGGACGGCGCCACCUGGAGGGCCUGCGCGGAGCUCGGAGGGUUCGGCGACAUCCUGAGGCUUCUGCUGCUGCCGCUGCGGGCGGACGACCAGCUGGAGAAGGUCGACGUGGCCGCUUGUUCUGACCAACGUGGAGUUUACGUGGGACCGCCAAUCAUCUCUGUUCUACAGACAACUGAAAAAGAUUUUAAAGAUGGCCGCCUCAUGAUUAAUGACAUUCUUCAAGACAGAAAACGAUGGAAGCACACACGCAGCCUCAAGAUUUUUCACGGCACUGCUGGUCUGGAGGGGCUGCUGAGCGUCGUUGCUCCACACCUGGAGGAGCUGCAGAUCAAGGACGAGGUGCAGCCGAACGUGAUGGUGGAAGUGGCGAAAAUGAAGUCCCUCAAAAGACUGGACGUAAAAUGCGUUAAAGACUUGGACUUCCCGGACCUUCCCUUGCAGCUCGAGGAGCUCGGGAUAUGGUAUCCAACAGAAAACCAGUUGCGGUGUUUGGAGCGGAUGCCCCGGCUGCGCAGCCUGCGGGUAUAUAAUGCCUUUUGUGCGGAUAUGAACUUCGCUCCCUCGCAGCAUCGCGCCCUGCUGUGGCUUAAAGUUGGCGUCAAUGCAAAGCACUUUAAGAACAGCAUACUGUCGCUGAUCCAGGCCUACGCCUCGUCAUUGCAGGUGCUCCACAUACUCUGUAGCGUCAGUAAGAAUUAUCUGGAUUCAGCAUGCUACUUUCCCGAUCUCGGCGAGGAGCUGGGAACGUGCGGUCUGCGGGCCCUGCGGCGGCUCGUCCUUGUACGUCCACCAAACGACCCGUGCACAGAGCAGCUCGCGGGCUGCCUGCUGCAGUGUCGGAUCAUCGGAAACUCCUUGCCCCCUCCCGUCCAUGUGGUCUGCAGCAAUUACUGUAACGUGCCUGCAUCCUAGAAGGAAUGCCUGAAUUGUUCUUGAAACCUGCUUCUUUAUCGUGGACUACAGUGUGGUGGUGGCAAUGGCGAGCUAACGUAUCCCCUUCCCGUGGUCCACUGCCAUGUUUUUGCGAUUUGUAUAAAUGCUGUAGAUGUAAUGAUUAUUUUGAAAAGUUUUUGCCAUUGAUUGUUAAGUUAACUUGUGCUUUGUGUCAAUAUUAUGAGCAAUGCCACUGUUGACGUGUACAUUUCUUCUCAAUACAUAGCCUGAUCGCCAACAA